AUGCUUUGUUUCUGGCCUUUAAAAGAUCCUGAGAGGAGUUCAGCAUCAGUAUUAAGUUUUGGAGAAAUUAAAAUUCUUUUGGAUCCAGGAGCAAAUGAUCUUCUUUCAGAGUUUUUAGAACUUGAUUUUAUACCAGACCUUAUUCUUUUCUCUCAUUCAGAUGUUUCGCAUGUUGGAUCUUUUGUUCAUGGCUUCAAACAUAGUGGGUGGCAUGAUGUGCCUAUAUAUGCAACACUUCCAAUUUUUAAUAUGGGUCGGGUAACAAUGAGUGAUUGUUAUAAAAAUAUCAUGGAUAAUACUAUAUCGACAAAGGACAUAGAUAAUGCAUUCGAUUCUAUAAUUACAUUGCGUUAUUCUCAACCAAUAUCUCUCUCUGGAAAGUUAAAUGGUAUUUCUAUUACAGCGUAUAAUUCAGGGCAUUCUCUUGGAGGAACUAUUUGGAAGAUCACAAAAGAUUCUGAAAAUAUUGUGUACUGUGUUAAUUGGAAUCAUUCAAAAGAUAGUCAUCUUAAUGGAAGUAUUCUUUAUUCUAAUGGGACUAUAUUAGAUGCUUUAAUCAGACCAACAAUUCUUAUAACUGAUGCUAUAAAUUCUAAUAUUUCUAUCCCAUCACGUAAAAAAAGAACAGAAGCUUUUUUUGAUUCUAUUAAAAACACGCUUGCGCAACAAGGAAACGUGUUGAUUCCUACUGAUGCAGCAACGCGUUCUCUUGAAUUUUGCUGGAUCUUAGAUCGCUAUUGGCAGCAACAUAAUCUUCAGUAUCCUAUUUAUUUCCUUAGUCAUACAGGAAAUAAAGCAAUAUCAUAUGCUCAAAGCAUGAUAGAAUGGAUGAGUGACUCUAUUAUUAGUGAAUAUGGAUCAAGUGGAUCUGUUUUUGAGUUUACAUAUGUUAAAGUUAUUACCAAUGAAUUUCAAUUUCUUAGUAUGGUAUCUGGUCCUAAAGUUAUAUUAGCAACAAGCUCUAAUAUGGAUUGUGGAUUUUCUCAAAAAAUAUUUCUUGAUAGUAUUGCAAAAGAUUCCAAAAAUUUAGUUAUUCUUUCUCAAAAGUCUAUUUAUUAUGAAAAUUCUUUAUCAAAAGAUCUUUUAGAUCAUUGGAACUUGGCUAUAAAACAUAGUGAUCAACUUAUACCUCCAGCUGUGAUCUUAAAUUUUAAUAAAACUGUUACUAUUCGUACUUCAGUGCCAUUGGUAGGUAGUGAAUUGGAAAAAUAUCAAGAAAAAGAAAAACUUCGUCGAGAAAAAGAUGCGGCUAAAUUAAUUAUGGAGCUUCAAAAUAGAGAUCUUUUUGAUAGUUCUGAUUCGGAUUUAAAUGAUGAUAGUAAUGAUAGAAAGACUCAUUUCAGAAAUGAUUCUAUGAUAGCAAAGGGCUCAGCAUCAUUAUUAACUCCAGGCGUUCAUGAUUUGUAUCUUCAAACUAAUGAAAUAAGAAAAAUGUCUCCACGUUUUAAAAUGUUUCCAACUCUCGAAAAAAGAAGAAGGUUUGAUGAUUUUGGUGAAAUAAUUAUUCCAGAAAAAUUUUUUCGUAUAACAGAAGAAGACUUAGAAUUUAAUGUUAACAACGAAUUAAAUAAAUCAAUUAAUACUAUGACUAAAAAACGAAAAUGGGCAGGAAUCUCAAAUAACAUACAAAAUGGAAAUAUUGAUAAAGAUAUUAAUGUUCCUAGUAAAACUAUUAUUACUGAGGAAAAAAUAUUAAUAAAAUGUUCUGUUAGAUAUAUAGAUAUGGAAGGAUUGCAUGAUGGAAAAAGCUUAAAAACUAUAAUUCCUAUGGUUAACCCAAGGAAACUUGUUCUUAUUAAUUCUACUCAAGAAGCUAAAGAUAAUAUGAUGGCAACAUGUAGAUCCUUGAUAUCAUUUACUAAUGAUAUUUAUUCACCAUUACAAGGAGAAGUUUUAAAAAUUGGUAUAAAACUUAAUUCUUAUAACCUUAAACUUUCUGAUAAUAUUAUCAAUACUUUAAGAUGGAAAAAGCUUGGAGAUUAUAAUGUCUCACAUGUUAUUGGAAAACUUAAACUUUCUGCUGAUUUUACUGAAACAGAUCUUCCUAUUUUGGAAAUUUUGUCUACACAUUCAAAUAUAAGAAAUAUACCCCAAUCACACCCAUUAUUUGUUGGUGAUGUUAAACUUACUCAAGUUAAGCAACUUCUUCAAGACCAGGGACAUGUAGCUGAACUUAUUGGUGAAGGUGUACUUUUAUGUGACGGUUUAGUGACUGUAAGAAAAAUUGGUGGUGGAAAAGUUAUUUUAGAAGGUGGAGUAUCUCAAGAAUUUUAUGACGUAAGGAAAAUAGUGUAUGAUAGUAUUGUAGAAUUCUUAUAA